AUGACCAAACAUGCCAACCUCCAACACAAUUGUACUGCCGACCUGUUUGAUCUGUUGGGACAAUCAGGAUACACCCUGGUCCGUGUCCAUCAGCUGAUCAAGCACUGGGUGGCAAUCAUUAAGGAUGGAAAGCCCUUGCCCAAGGAGUAA